CGGAAAGCAGCAGCCAGGUGGGAGUGGUCUUCGGGCGGCGAGGAAGAUGGCGUCGACCAUGCUGGUCCUCGUCUUUCCGCGGUGGCCGGCCGCCCGGGGACUCCUCCGGAGCUGUUGGGACCUACUACAGCGGAAACUUCAGCAGACCGGGCCAGGUUUACCCAGUCCUCCGUGGGGGCCAGCAUUAGCAAUCCAAGGUCCAGCUGUAUUUACAGAACCAGCAGAUGACACCAAUGGAAGUAAGGAGAUUCCCAGCCUUUCAGAUAGUAUCUUUUGGAUGGCAGCUCCGAAGAAUAGACGCAGCAUUGAAGUUAACCGCUGUAGGAGAAGAAACCCUCAGAAGCUUAUUAAAGUUAAGAACAAUAUUGAUGUUUGUCCUGAAUGUGGUCACCUGAAACUGAAACACGUCCUUUGUGGCUAUUGCUAUGAGAAGGUGUGCAAGGAGACUGCAGAAAUCAGAAGACAGAUGGGAAAACAAGAAGGGGGCCCUUUUAAGGCUCCUUCUGUGGAGACUGUGGUGCUGUACGCAGGAGAGGUACCCUCUGAACAAGAUCUUGGUAAGAGAAUCAUUGAACGAGACAGGAAGCGACCGUCCUGGUUCACCCAGAAUUAAGACCAAAGGUGUUGGAAGAGGAUAACUUCAUAUAAAACAUUUGUCCUGAAAGAGAGGAAAAUUCUUUGUUUUAACUUGUUUUUAAAUUACCAGUCUAGUUUAAAACGUUCUCUCAAAGCAGUUAGUUUUGUGUGGGCAAUUUGAAGAAAAUACCAGGAGUAAACUCUGAAAAUAUUUGUUUAUACAGAGGCACAAUGGACUAACAUGUCUGUUUCUGUUAUACUGUAAGGUUUUAACUAAACGUAAAAUUUCCAGUACAGGAAAAUAAAAACAAAUGAUUCGAAAUUCCUUGCAAGAA